UGCGGUGCUUGUCUCGUUGACGUCCAUUUUAUCCCUACUGGAACUCAGUGACAUCUGCUCACGAGACCUCACGCGGCCACAGCAGGCCUCUUACUGCCUACAAAUACACUUUCGCUUUGUCGUAUUUCUAAUCCAUGGCUACACAUGAGUUCAAUGAGAAGAAGAACAACCUAUUAAGCCCUACUACAACCUACGAUGACAAUUCCCCCAAUCGACCUCAGUCUGGAACCUCCUCGAACGAGAAACAAACGUCCUCAGCUACAAGACGAUCGUGCUCCAGAUCAGUCUCUUCGCGCGCGCAUACUACAGAGUCGGCAGUCAGUGCGACAGCGGAAAAUAGAGAGCGACAACGGGCUGUACGCACAUUGCCACCAUGGGUUCUCUCGAUAGGCGAUGAUGAAGAUGAAGAUUAUCUCAAACCACCAGGCUCAUCGCGAGCACCGUGCACACCUCCGUCCGUCCGUCCAGCGUCACAUCACUACACACCGCAGCCGAAAGAGCAUGCAGCCAAGGGCAGAGCCUUCGAUCACGAAAGAGAGGGCGUGCCCGUAACAAUAACAACCCCGGUAGCAGAUCAUGCCUCAAAAUGGACGAAUUUUAUACAAGCCUCGACUUACGGUGGCCAUCCGCGCGAGAAAGGAGAAGUCAUGACAGGACCAUGGAUGCAACAAAAUAUGCCCGAUCUUGAGGCCCCCUGGGUCGGGGAAGAUCAGCCUCUUCUAGCGCCCGAGAAAGGCUUCUGGUUGUUCAACCCUAGACGACGAAAGGAGCUGCUCAACAAAGCUUAUGAAAGAUUGAUGAAAGAUCCUCUUGUCCCAGCGUUACUGCGCUUGUGGAUCAUCGUCAAUUCCGCGAUCGCGCUCGGCUUGUCAGGCUCCAUCUUCCAUCGUACCGUCCUGAAACCAUACGAUCAAGGCUGUCCUCGCGGUUCGUCGACUUACAUGGCAGUGAUCGUGGAUGUUCUUGCCAUUCCAUAUACGCUGUACAUCACGUGGGACGAAUAUAUAAACAAACCCCUCGGUCUACGCCCACACGGCGCGAAGAUGCGACUGCUUUUCAUGGAUCUGAUUUUCAUCGUCUUCGACUCUGCAAAUCUCAGUGUUGCGUUCGAGUCGUUGACGGACCCUCGGUGGUUCUGUCAGGAUUUGGACGACGUACCUAGUCGAGUUAAUCCAAACCAAACCUGCCUGCGCGACGAUAACAUUUGUGAUCGGCAGGUUGCUUUGACGGUUAUACUGCUACUUGCUUUACUGGCGUGGCUUGCUACAUUUACGGUCAGCACGCUGCGAGUUAUGGAUCGAGCUAUGGCGAAACAGGAACCUCAAAAGUGACGUCAAUGAUCGUUACACGUUGUGGAGUUCCAUUCUUCGCAUCUGCGUUAUUUCUACUUAAGUUUGAUUUUGUCUCAGCAAUGUUUUACUGUACGGCGUUGGAUAAGAGUCAGACACGGAUCUGCGCGCUGUGGGCGGCUUUAUGAGCACAUCAAUAUCUCCUGUCUGCAUUUACGCGCCGUCUAUUAUACCCGAUACAUCACCUUAGGCCUG